AUGCUUGGUAAACCAGUUGAUACAAUCGUAAUUACAUCCGAUACAUUUGAUCGAGUACCUAGAGAUAGAUGUUUUGGUGUCUUUUGGGCAUUCGUCAUCCAUGGCCUUGGUUGUUUUUUACCAUGGAAUCUAUUAUUUCAUAGUUAUGAAUAUUUUGUUUGUUGCAAAUUUCUUGGUGAUGAUUCGGAUAUUUAUCGCCAAUAUUUUUUAAGUUUUUGCGCUUUAGCUGCUUUACUUGCGGCUUUAGUUUCUACUGGUAUUGGCCUUUUUAUUGGUUUUCAUGGCGAUACAAAACGGCGUGUUAUUCCAUCAAUUGUUGUGCUCAUUAUCAUGUUCAUUCUACAGGUGCUUUUUGCCGUAUUCGAUGCUCGUGAUUCUUCAGGUGUUUUUCUUUGUAUUACAAUUCUUAAUAUUGUAGUUAUAGGAGCUUUUAUUGGUCUUUAUUUAUCAAGUAUCGCAGGCAUUGUUGCAUAUUUUCCUGAUCGAUAUGUGAAUGCACUUGUCAUAGGCACACGUUUGUUUCGAUUUUAUCAUACAUCAAUAAAAAUAGAUCUAUUACAUACGACAAAAGGACAUUUACUUCAUAUCCCAUAUGGAAACGUAUUGAAACAAAUUUGGCUUCAAUGUUUAUCAAUUUGGUUACAUUAUUUAUCGACAGUAACUCUGUUUCCUAGUAUUCUCAUUCAAGUGCAAAGUGUUACACCAAACUUUUUUCAUACAAAUCUUCAAUUUGUCGAUGCAGUUGUUUUGAUUAAUUUUGCUUUAUUUAAUCUUCUAGGAAAUUUUCUUGCAGGUUGCGUUAAAAAACCAUAUUCACGAUGGGUUUCAUUUUUAGUUUUUAUUCGUGCAAUUAUAGUAUUGAUCACAUUUCUUUUUGUUAAUUUUGAACCAGAUUCAAGACAUAAUGUGCCAAUAUUGAUUCGUGAUGAUUAUGUUUUUAUGUCACUUGUCAUUAUCUUUGGAUUUACACAUGGUUAUUUAAAUUCAAUGCUACAAAUGUUAACAACAAAAUCGGUAGAACCAUAUCUGUCAGCUACAACAGCUGUUCUAUUACAAUUAUUUAUAUUUGCCGGUUGUUUUUUUGGUAUUAUUGGUUCAUUUGUAUAUCAUUUUAUAGCAACAUUGUUUUAA